AUGACUCGGCAAGCAGUUCCAAAGCCUGCCUACGAGGACCUCGUGGAUUGUCAAUCCGCAAUGUUCGAAUGGGCGGAGAGUUUCGACAGCAAAGACUGGGAUCGUCUGAGUGCAUGUCUCGCACCAACGCUCUUCCUGGACUAUAGCGACAUCAUGGGAAAGAAAUGGGAUGCUUUGCCUGUCGAAGAGUUUAUCGGAAUGGCAUCCAGUCCACACUUCCUAGGAAACGCUCGGAUUAAGACACAACACUUCAUCGGAGCAAGCAAAUGGACGCAACCAGAUGAAGGACAGAUUGUUGGAUUCCACCAGAUGCGUGUGGCCCACCAGAAGUACGGAGAUGAUGAGCUGAAGCAGGUGCUCUACCAUGGUCACGCGCAUGGUAAGGCGACCACAUACUAUCGCAAUGUUGGAGGCCAAUGGAAGUUUGCCGGUCUUGUUCCUGAUGUACGAUGGACUGAGUUUGACUGUGACAAGAUUUUCGAGCAUUGA